AUGUAUUGUUUUCAAGCACUCUUUACCGUCUCUCUCUUGAUUACUACGGCUCUUGCUGCUCCGGCUCAGCACUUAAGGAAGAGAUCUUUCAAAAUUCCCAGAGUCCAACAGCAUAACUAUGUUCCGGAUGGCACAUUCGCCUUGCGUAAAGCAUACCGGAAGUUUGGAUUAGGCGCCCUUGACACUUAUCCUGGCGUCCACUUUACCCCCAAAGUUGCAGCGGCCAAUGGAGGAAAUGAAACCGAGGACGGCGAGGUGUCUGCCUCACCUACCCAGAAUGAUGCCGAAUUCCUCUCGCCAGUUAGCGUUGGCGGCCAGAUGCUGGUCUUGAACUUUGAUUCGGGCUCCUCUGACAUGUGGGUUUUCAACACAGGAUUACCGGCAAGAAGUCGGCGAGGCCACACCCUAUACGACCCAAGCAAGUCCAGCGCAUCGGCUCCGCUGGAGGGCUCGACGUUCAAUAUCUCCUACGGUGACGGGUCAUUCUCGCGUGGCCCAGUGGUGACGGACACAGUGGAUGUUGGCGGUGCAACUGUCGAGAAACAAGCUAUUGGUAUACCAAACACAGUUUCCAGAUCUUUCACCGAGGACGUGCAUUCCAAUGGCCUUGUCGGCCUCGGCUUCUCGAAGAUUAAUACUAUUAGACCAGAAAGACAAAAGACAUUUUUUGACAACGUCCUACCGGAUCUUUCGCAACCUCUGUGGACGGCCAGUCUCCGGGCCGGUGAGGCCGGAGCCUACGAAUUCGGAAAUAUUGACACAAGUCUAUUCCAAGGUGAAUUAGCCAUUGUCCCUGUGGAUACUACGCGAGGGUUCUGGGAGUUCAAUUCUGCACAAUUUGCCGUUGGCGAUAGCGCUCCACAAACUGCAUCGACUGGCUCAGGUACAGCUAUUGCAGACACGGGCACAUCACUCAUGCUCAUGGAUGAUGAAAUCGUGGAGGCAUAUUAUGCGCAGGUUGAUGGAGCACGGUUAAGUCCUGAAGUCGGAGGUUUCACUUUUCCCUGCGCUUCUCCACUACCUGACCUCCAAGUCGCUGUCGGUGACAAUUACAUGGCCAUCGUUUCUGGCCAGCUGAUGAAUUUUGCUCAAGCUGGAACGGACACUGAGAGCGGUGAAACAGUCUGCUUUGGUGGUGUGCAAUCGAAUCGACAAGCACCCUUGCAGAUCUUUGGAGAUGUGUUUUUCAAGUCGCAGUUCGUGGUUUUCAAUGGGGCUGAGCCCCCAUCAUUGGGUCUUGCACCUCAUGCAUAG